AUGGAAGCCGAUCCAAAUGAACUUUUAGCUUGGCUCAAGGGAGAUGGAAGUAGUGAACGUGAUCUACAAAUGAUUGCACUAGAACAAUUAUGUAUGCUAGUCUUAAUGAGUGAUAAUAUCGAUCGAUGUUUUGAACAGUAUAAACCUCAACUUUUUCUUCCAGCUCUCUGUGAUAUAUUCAAUGAUCCAUUAGUUCCAACACAUAUUCUUGAAGUGACAGCACGUGCUCUAACCUAUUUUCUUGAUGUAUCUGUUGAUUGUGCAAAAAAAAUCACGUCCCAUUCAACAGUUAUACAUGCAAUGUGCAAUUGUUUACAAGUUGUAGACAUUGAAGAUCGUACAAAUAAAGAUUUAGCUGAACAAAUUAUAAAAGUAUUCGAACGUCUAUGCUUAAGAGAAACAUCAAGCAUAUAUGAGCAAGAUGGUCUUCGUUAUGUACUUGAGUUUAUAAAUAAUUGUUAUUCAGUUAUACACAAAGAUUCUUUACAAUCAGCUUUGAAUGUUGUUGUUAAAUUAAUUGGAAAAAUUGAUCCACAAAAUUCUUCAGCAUUGGAUCAAACAAUUGAGUCAUUAUCAAAUUUACUUUUACAUGAUGAUCCAUUUGUAGCUGAUAAUGCAUUGAGAUGUUUUGCGACAUUAGCUGAUAGAUUUUCAAGAAAAAAUGUCGAUCCUGAACCAUUGAUGCGUUAUUGUCUAAAGGAUGUUCUUCUUCGAUCCUUACAUCAUGUAUCAAAAUCAUCAACUGAUUCUUCGGGAACACAUACUGCAUCGAAUAUACGUGGCAUUACAACAAAUCUUUCAGUUGUUACGGGUUUAUUGUCAACACUUUGUCGCGGUAGUGUAAAAGUAACCUAUGAUUUACUUCGUUCUGAUCUUCCCGAUGCACUUGAAUCAGCAUUAUGUAGUGGUGAUGAACGAUGUGUAUUGGAUACAAUGAGAUUUCUUGAUUUGCUGAUUGUUUUACUCUUUGAAGGACGUCAAACACUUACUCGUCCGGGAAAUACUUUACGUACAACAAACACUUUAAAUCCAGCUGGUGAUGCAUCUCAACCAGCAUCUUCUCUUGCAACAAUUUAUACAGUACCAUCUGAUCGUUCACAACAACAAAUUAUUGAGUACAUUCGUUCACGUGAUGUUCAAGCAUUCAUAAGUUAUAUUGAAGAAAAUAAUAUCGAUAUUAAUUACACUGAUCAUGUCGGUCAAACAAUGUUGAAUUGGGUUGCUGCAUUUGGUACACGUGAAAUGGUUGAAUAUUUGUGUCGUCGAGGUGCUGAUGUCAAUCGCGGCCAACGGUCAUCAUCAUUGCAUUAUGCUGCUUGUUUUGGACGUCCAUCUAUUGCACGUCUUUUAUUAAAAUAUGGUGCUAAUGUUGAAUUACGCGAUGAAGAUGGUCGAACAGCAUUAGAUAAAGCACGUGAACGACAAGAUGAGAGUCAUCAAGAAGUUAUUGAUAUACUUCAAUCAACGAAUGAAUGGAACGAUACAAAACAAGCAUCAAAAACUAUUCCAAAUACUGAACAAACAAAAGAUAAUAUUGAAGUACAAUUAAUCUAUUUAGAACGUUUAUUAUCAAUAUUUUGUCAACUAUAUCAAAAUACAAUGAUAUUAACAAUAAAACGUAGUACAUUACGUUUAAUAUCAAAAUUAUUGCAAUAUGCAACAAUUGAACAAAUACGUCAAUUAAAGAUUUUAACAACAUUAUUUGAAUUAUUAUCAACAGUAUUGAAUACAAAUGAAGAUGACGAUGAUACAUCAAAUCUUGUUUUAUUAAUAAUUAAAAAUCUAUUUGAAAAAGAUCGACAUCUCUUUCUUGAACAAUUUCAAUAUUUAGGUUUAAUAUCGAAAAUAACAACAUUAGCAAUGUCACAUGAAAGUAAAAAUGAAAAUUCUCAACAAUUAUUGACAAUAAAUAUUGUUCCAAUUGAUACAAAAGAUAUGCUUUGCUCUAGACCUUAUGUAUGGAAUGAAUAUAAUUUUUUAAGAAAUCGUGAAUGUUUAUAUGUAUGGAAUAAUUCACUUAUAAUUGAAUUAUCCAUGGGUUCAAAUGGUUGGUUUAGAUAUUUUGCUAAUAAUUCUCUCUCGACUAUGUAUUCAUCAGGAAGUCCAGAAACAAAUAUUGAUACAGAUGAGAAUCGUCAUGAAUUUAUUGAAAAAUUUCAACGAUUAAAACAAGAAGUUCUUGAAGGUGGUGAACAAGAAAAAGAUAAGGAAAAACAAAAUGUUAUUAUUGCAAGAACUAUUUUUACAUCUGAUACAACUAGCGAAAAAAUAAUUACCAUUGGAAAUUGGACUCUACAAUGCGACGGGCCUACACAACUUCGAAUUCAUAAUAUUGAAGGCGAACAGGUGACUAUUCUUGAACAUGGUGAAACAGGUUUUAUUUUCGAAUCAAAUCGUCGUACUCGCCAUAAACAUAAAGCUGAUACGCCAUUAAAUAAUGAAUUUUCUGUUCCAUGGCCAACCAUUGAAACGCUAACAUCCACAAAUAAUUCAACAACAGUAACACUUAAUAAAAAUAAACAAGAUCAAACAAAACAACGUGCCAGUGAAAUAGCAUCAUUUAUUUAUAAUGAACAUUUAAAAACUUUCUCUCCAACAAAUUAUACACGUUCGAUUUUAACAGAAUUUCAAUUACUUGUGAAUGAUUUAAAUAAUGAAUUAAAUCUAAAUUCAUUUGAUAAUUUAAAAAAUCUAUUUGAAAAAUUAAAAAAUUUUCUUAUUGAAAAAACAGAUUUAUCAAUAUAUGAAUUAUCAUCAUCAGGUUUAGUUUCUGUAUUGCUAAAAGUUUUUCAUGAUUUAUCAUCAAAUGAUCAAGCAAAGGAAAGAGCAAAAUUAUUUUGUUCAAUAUUUCUUUCGGACGAACAACCACAAGCAUUUCAAGUUCUCAUACGUAAACUUAUAUCAAUAUUGGAAUCAAUUGAAAAAUUACCAUUAUUUUUGUAUGAUGCACCAUUUAAUUAUAGUUUACAAAUAUUUUCAAAACGUUUUCGUUUUCAAAUUCAAUAUAAGAAUGAACAACAAUUAUUUACCGAUAGAACUGGAAAAUCAUUAAAAAUUGAACCAUUAACAACUGUGGGACAAGUGAAAACAUUUCUUGCAUCCAUGGCUUCUAAACAAUGGUAUGAUUAUCUUCAUGGUCAUCUUGAAUUCGUUAAACAAUUGAAAUCAGAUAUUCGACCAAUAUUUACAUAUACCAGUGAUUUUGAUCAGAAUGGAAUUUUAUAUUGGAUUGGUACCAAUGGUAAAACUGCAUCCAAUUAUACAAAUCCAUGUUCAACUGGACUUAUUUCAGGUAUUAAUCGUAUUUUACUUUUAAAUAUCCUAAAACGAAUUGAUUUGGUUAUUUUAGUUAAUUGUUCAGAUAAUAAUUAUUCAUCUCAACAAUUGUCAGAUUUAGUUUCACAUACACUAUCGAUAGAUGAUCAAGACGAUAAUGAAGAUACAAUUCGUAGUUUUAGUUGGAUUUUAAUUGAUUUAGGUCUAUUAAUUAUUCCAACUCAUUUUACAUUACGACAUGCUACAGGUGGUUCUAAUAGUUGGACAAAAACUGUGCUAUUUCAAAUAUCAAAAGAUGCUGUACAAUUUACACCAUGUGAUGCAUCGGUAGUCAAUGAGACUAAUUCACCAACAGCGACGUGGACAGUUAAAAACUUAUCUGAAAAUUCAUCUGGCUUUCGUUAUAUACGUAUUCAUCAGAAAAGUUCUCGAUAUCCCAUUUGUAUUUCUGGAUUUGAAGUUUAUGGACAAGUGCAUUCGGCUAUUGAUAUUCGUUCAAAACCUGAAUUGAAUCGGUCGCGUUCAACUCGUGAUGAUAUUCGAAAUCGAUCAAUAAAUUCUCGUCAAACUCCAUCUUAUCAUCAUUCUCAUUCGACAUCAUCUACUAUGUCACGUGCAACUAAAAUGCAAUCACAUAUUCUUCGACGUCUAGCAAGUAUGAAUACAUCAAGUUUUUCCAAUAGAUCACCCGAUUCAACCAGCGAAAAUCAUUCUGAACAAUCGACAAUAAAUCAAAUUCUUUUUGAUCUUUCAUCAAUUCCGACUGAUUUGUCCAAUGCUAUUGAAUCAAAUGAUCCUGAACGUUUACGGCUGGUCAUUGAAGAAGCUCUUACACGUUUAACAGGCGAUAAAACAUUAAAUGAUAAUUCAAAUUUAAUCAAUUUAAUUUCACAACGUAAAAGUGUUUCAACGCCAGAUAUAAGCAAUGAUGAAACAAUAUUUUCAGUAUCUUCAACAGAACAAGCAUCAAGUGCUGACAAUCUUUUUCCAUCAUCGGAUUCUACCGAUCAUAUUGAUGAUCUUAUGGAAGGAUUUUCUGAUCAAAUAAGUCAACAGUACGAAGUUCUGGUAGAAGAAUCAUUAAUGGAACCAAAAAUAUCACUUGAUUCGUUAAUAUCAUCAGAACAAAGUCUUACACCGACUCCUUCAAAUACUGAUAAUCGACUUGGAAUUCAUGAAGUUAUUAAUGAAACUAUUCUUAUUUCAAAAGAUGAAGCUAACAGUACUAAUGCAACAACUGAACUGAUACCAACGAUUAGUAGCACGACAGAAUCAGAGUCUCGACGUGCUGUCACCGAAGAAAACAAUAAGAAAAAUGCAACUAAUGAAUGCUCUGAUCAACAAAUUAUAUUUAGAAUAGAAAAUGAUGUGAAUUCAAAUGCUGCUAAUAUUUUAACAACCCCGACAGAAAGUUCUUCUAAUCUGAUGCAAACAACAGCAAUAAAUAUAACUGACAUACCAAGUAUUGAUGAUGAAACAAUUCGAAUUGAAGAUUCAACAAAUUUAUCUGAUCAACAACAAAAACAAAACGAUGAAACAACCACUGAUGAUGAUGAUGAUGAACACACGCUAUUAAAAUGUCUCAAGUUAACUAAUGAACAAAUUGAAGCACCCGUCGAAGAAGAGGAUGAAGAUGAUGACGACGAAGAGGACCAACAAGAAGAAGAAGAAUAUAAUGAAGAACUACAAGAACAACUUCAUGGACAACAACAAGAAAUAACCCACCGAAAUUGGGACGAAGAUUUUGUUUUAAAACGACAAUUCUCUGUCUUACUUCCGGCAUUCGAUGGUCGACCAGGCCGAACAAAUAUUAAUGCCACGCAAGAUCUUGCUGUGCCAACAACAAUGACACCAAAAGAAGAAACUUUAACUAAACGAAGAUCUGAUUCCGAUGCGUUAACUGCUGCUAAUAUGACUUUAUACAUACGAGGACCAUCACCGUCUGCACCAGGAAUAAAAGAUAUUGAUAUUGAAAUGAGCGAUACCGAUGCAACAAUUUUUAAAUACAUUCAAAAAUUAAUAAAUCCAUUUCCAUCCUUACAACGAAUUGAUCGUAUUAAACGAAUUUUCGAGCCAACAUACACGAUUGUUUAUACUGAAAAAUUAAAUGAACGACCGACAUCAACUACAAAUGAUCUCUGCGAUGAAAAUCUAUUUGAUUCAUCCAAUGACCCCGAAGAUAUUUGCACUAUCAAGGAUAUUCUUAAAUUACUACGUCAAUUAUAUUAUUUAUCAACAAAUUACAUUCAUACAAAUCCUCAUUUCAAUGAAGCAUUUUCAAUUGAUAAUUAUUUUUAUUCUAAAAAAUUAAACAAUAAAUUACUCCAACAAAUUCAAGAUUCAAUUUUAAUUGCAUCAUCAAGUUUACCAUCGUGGACAUCAUGGUUAAUACAUAGCUAUAAAUUUUUAUAUCCAUUUGAAACUCGUCAAUUAUAUUUUCGAACGACAAGUUUUGGCACAUCACGCUCAAUAGUAUGGCUACAGGAACGACGCGAAGAAUUAGUUCGUACACUCCGUAAUAGUAAUCAUUCACGUCCGCGUUUAUCAAAUGAAAAUCCUCUACAUGAAUUUCGUUUUGGUCGUUUGAAAAUUGAUCGUGCUGUUGCCAUCGAUCGUGAAAAUGUUUUACGUGAUGCAAUGAAUCUAUUCCAUUAUCAUGCAAAAUUGAAAUCUAAAUUAGAAAUUCAAUUUCAAAAUGAAGAAGGCACUGGUGAUGGACCAACAUUAGAAUUUUAUGCAUUAAUUGCAACUGAAUUACAAAAGCAUUCGCUUGGUUUAUGGUGGAAUCACGAUGAUUAUGAUCAUCAACAAACAGAUUAUGUUAGAAAAUUAGAAGGUCUUUUUCCAGCGCCCUAUCAACAAGAUCACAAAAAAUUAGAUGAUGUCUGUAAUUAUUUUUCAUUGGUGGGCAUUUAUUUUGCUAAAUGUUUAUUGGAUAAAUAUUUAAUUGACAUGCCAUUAUCAAUAUCAUUUUUAAAACUUCUAUGUAUGAAAACAAAAUCCGAUGAUAUAUGGUACGAUGGUAUACUUGAUGUAAAUGAUUUAAUUAUGAUUGAACCAUCGAGAGGAAAUUUUUUCAAACAACUUUUUCAAUUAAUUGAAAAACGAAAUAAAAUUCUUAAUGAUGAAAAUAAAACCGAUGAAGAGAAAAAUAUUCAAUGUCACUUAUUAAGAAUUGAAAAUGAUUUACAUGAACCAGUUGAUAUUGAACAUUUAUGUUUAACUUUUGUUUAUUCACCACCAUCAAAUACUUAUGAGUAUCAAUCAGUUGAAUUAAUUCCAAAUGGAUCACAUACUGAUGUAACUAUCGAUAAUAUUGAUCAAUAUAUCAAUUUAUCACUUCAAUUUAUUUUGCGUGAUGGUAUUCGACGACAAAUGGAUGCAUUUCGAAAUGGAUUUAAUCAAGUAUUUUCAAUUCAUCAUCUACAAUGUUUUAAUCCAUCUGAAUUACAAUUAGUUCUUUGCGGUAAUCAAUGGCCAUCGUGGACAUUAGAUGAUCUAUUGACACAUAUUGAACCUAGCCAUGGGUUUACAAGAGAAAGUGCUGGUUUUACGAAAUUUCUUAAUGUAAUGUUAGCACUCGAUGGACUCGAACGAAAAUCUGUUGUUCAAUUUAUCACUGGUUGUUCAUCGUUACCACCUGGAGGUCUUGCUAAUCUUCGACCACGUUUAUCCGUAGCACGUAAAGUAGAAGCUGAUGACAACUCAUAUCCAUCCGUUAAUACUUGCUAUCAUUAUCUCAAAUUGCCCGAUUAUUCAAGUGAAGACAUUCUUAAACUUCGUUUAAUGACCGCUUGCAAAGAACGAGGUUUUUAUUUCAAUUGA